AUGUUGCAAGAGGUGAAGGAGGUCGAAGUAGUGGCAAGGAAAGAGAAGAGGGAGGAAGUGGAGGAACAGGAGGCGAAGGAGGACGAGGUGGUAGCAAGGGUGGAGGUGGAGGAGGAAGUAAAGGAGGAGGCGGAGGAGGAGCUGGACGAAGUGGUGGAAAAGGUGGAAAAGGUGGCGAUGGCGGCAGCAGCUCCAAAGACACUGGCAGUGAUAAUAAAACUGAUCAAAAACAUGACAAGCAGAAUGAUGAGAAAAGAGGUCAAGAUGGAGAAGAUGGACGAGGCAGCAGAGGAGGCAAGGGAGGGCGUGGUGGCGGUGGUCGAGGAGGUGAUGGAGGCGGUGGCAGAUCCCAGAGCAACGAUAAUGAUAAUAAAAGAGAUCAAAAAAGUGACAAAAGAGAUGGCGAAAAACGAGCUCAAGAUGGAGAAGAUGUCACUGCAAAUGGCGGAGGAAAUGGAGGAGGUGGCGGCGGAAAAGGAGGAGCAGGAGGCGGUGGCGGUUGAGGUGGUAGAAAUGACGGCAAAAAAGGCAGCGACAAUGACACUGCGAAUGAAAAACAACGCAAUGGCAAGGAUGAAGCAGCAGCAGGGACAUGAGAUAACAAGGAUAAUAAAAGAAGAAUGA